AUGGACGGCCCUCGCAGGCGGAGGCUGAAGCGGCAGCUCGACUCGACCAUCCUCCACUUUGACUAUGACUGCUUUUACGCCAGCGUCUUUGAACGUGAGCAGCCACACCUCAAGGCGCUUCCUCUCGCCGUGCAGCAGAAGCAGAUUCUUGUGACUUGCAAUUACGAGGCUCGUCGACGGGGAUUGUACAAGCUGCAGCUGAUUUCAGAGGCUAAGAAAGUGUGUCCUGAUGUAGUCAUUGUCUUGGGCGAAGACCUUACCCGGUUCAGAAAUGCCUCGAAACAACUUUAUGCCUUCCUGAGCUCGUUCUCAUGGAACUCACGAUGCGAGCGGCUUGGCUUUGACGAGGUCUGGCUCGAUGUGUCUGAUCUGGUUGACAGCAACGUCUCGACUUUGAAUUUGUCUAAUCUAAGUGAAUCUUUCUUUCGUCUGUCGAAACAAGAUCCUACAGUUGGUUUCUGCUUCAACGCAACCAGUUAUGCCGGUCAUGUUCAUCCAGAGCUAUCGACUGAAACGUGUGGUGAUACUUCACAUGACCCUCUGCGACUCCGACUGCUACUAGCAAGCCACUUGGCUCAGCACAUUCGACAUAAACUUGAGCACGAUCUGGGCUAUACGGCUACUGUGGGCAUCUCAACGAACAAGCUUCUCACCAAGCUAGUUGGAAAUCUCCAUAAGCCCAACAACCAAACAACGCUGAUACCGCCAUACACGGCCGAAGAUGACGAGUGGGAUAACGUCACUCCGUUCGUCGACGAUCAUGAGAUUGGCAAGAUUCCAGGCAUUGGCUUCAAAAUCGCCCAGAAGCUUAGACAGCAUGUACUAAAGCGAGCUGCAGACUUCGACACUGGUCUAGUAUAUGGGGGGACCAAGGAAAGUGUGCAGGUUCGAGAUGUUCGAACUUAUCCUGACAUGGGCCCCAAUGUCUUAGAGCGACUGCUCGAUGGCCCAGGAACCCCGCACGGUAUAGGCACUCGUGUAUGGGACUUACUCAACGGCUGCGAUGAUACGGAAGUCGGCCAGGGUCGUGAGAUACCUCGAUCAAUCAGCAUUGAGGAUAGUUACAUAAGACUUGACACGAUCGAGGGCGUAGUCAAGCAGCUGCGCAUUCUGGCCAUCAGUCUGUUGAAGCGCAUGCGCACUGACUUGGUUGGAACUGACCAGGAGCCGGCCGAAGACCCGACUGCCAUCGAGGUGGCGUCAGCUCCCCGCUGGCUUGCUCAUCCAAAGACCAUUCGUAUCUCAACACGCCCACGUCCAUCAGACGGAAACCGCAGCCGCACAUUCACACGCAUCUCCAAGUCCGGGCCAAUGCCCAACUUCGUGUUCAAGCUGGAUACGGACGUGGAGACACUGGCCGAGAGGAUGGUACAUGAAACUCUGAUACCACUCUUCCGACAACUGCACCCCGAAAAGAAAGGCUGGAAUUUGAGCCUUGUCAAUCUUGGAGCUGCAAAUAUAGUGGAAGGAGCAAGCGAGAAAGGUGGAGCCGGAAGAGACAUUGGGAAGAUGUUCAAACGCCAAAAUAGCACAUUGUCACCGUUCAGAGUACGGGAUGAGCCCACCGAUGAAAGUGCGAGUUCUAUAUUCGAAUACGAGAGCAUGGCUACGGAGCAGGUACAAGAACCGGCCCCAAAAGAGGAACUACGCCCAUACGAACCAAAGCUUUUGCUAGAGAGAAUGGGCUCGGAAGACUUCCCCACGCCGUCUCAAGAGCAGGACAACAAUGUCGAUGACGUCGGGGAGGAAGAUGACGACAUGCCGGACGCUGAUGCAUACCAGUGCGAUGUUUGUAGCGCUAUCAUGCCGCUGUUCGCGAUGGGUGCUCAUGAACGUUGGCACGCUCAAGAUCGGGUCCGCUUUUCUGUACACUUUGACAACAAUGCAACGUCGCCGAAGAAGCGCUAA